UUCCGAAUGUGAGGAGGCCACCUUGUCCCCACUACUCCACAGUGUCAUGUGGACUGUCAACCAUACUUUUAAUUUUCAUAUUUCUUUAUUAAAUGCUAUUUGAAAUGAACCUGUUAGGAACCACCUUGGACUACAGAGCAGAAUGGAAUUGCUGGCCAGUUUCAGUGCAAAGCAGAGGGGCAGCCCCCAUCCACCGGACAGUCACGGCUUAGUGAAGCUGAGGUUGACUGACGGACUUUAAUGAGGAAGGAGGCGUCAGUUUCCAUGGUGUGAAACAACAAGACUUUGGCAGCCAAGACUCCUUGCCAGCCCUGAGCACCUCAGUUUCAAACAAGACAUUUUUUGUCAUGGAAUCGACGCGAAUGUCAGACAUGACAAAGCUCCAUCAAGCUGUGGCUGCAGGGGACUAUACUCUAGUGAGAAAGAUUUUGAAGAAAGGUCUCUGUGACCCAAACUACAAGGACGUGGACUGGAAUGACCGAACCCCACUUCACUGGGCUGCAAUCAAAGGGCAUAUGGAGGUGAUGAAGCUCCUCAUACAGUGCGGAGCCAGACCCUGCCUGGUAACUGCUGUGGGCUGGACCCCAGCUCACUUUGCAGCUGAGUCGGGCCAUCUGCAUGUGCUCAAAAUGCUCCAUGCAUUGCACGCCGCCAUCGACGCCCCCGACUUCUUUGGAGACACGCCGAAGAGGAUCGCACAGAUCUAUGGGCAGAAAGCCUGUGUCACAUUCCUGGAGAAGGCCGAGCCCGAGUGCCGGGACCACCGCCUCACCGCCAGCCAGAAGGGGCUGCCGUUGGAUCAGCGGGACCCGGACUGGGAUGCCAAGAAAAGGGAGAUGGAGCUGUCUCUUCCUUCCUCGAAUCAAAACACUAAUAAGAAAAAGCAUAAGAAAAGUCGAGGCCCCACCAAGCUCAGCAAUACCAAGGAGAGGAAAGUGUGAGAAGGCUGGGCCACAGAGGCUGGAACCUAUGUUUUCUGGUGGGAGACUUUCCCUAGUACCAGAGUAGAGCUUGUCAGGCGUGUGUUGUCUUUACCUGAUUUUACUCAUAGGCCCUUAUCCAGAUGGCUUCUACUGGUAGCUCAAGACCUAUCAUUCAAUCGGAAGUCUUGCCCUAAGGCUGUCCUUGCUAUUGUGUCCUCACUAAUACCUGCUGUCCACAGAAUUACCAGCGGGAGACAAGUGUCAACUGCUUGCAUUACCACUGAUUUGGACUCGUCAGCUUCUCCUGACCUCCACAUGCAAUUACAGAAUUCAAAAGAGUGCCUCCUAAGGGAAACUAGAUUGUUUAAAUGCAAAAAAAAAAAAAAAAUUAAAGAAUCACCAAAAUACUGUUUAGCCAAUCUAUGAAAAAAUUAUUUGUUGUCACAAAGGCUAAGCAAAGAGAUAAACAAAUGUAUGUCUCAGUUUCCAGCCAUUUUUGUUGCUGUUGUGGCAUAGGGGGCCACCACCUCAGCAUGGCCAUGUUACUCAUGAUCACCUCUACCCAGGAGGAGCGGUCCGGGCAAGAGACCAGCUCAAUGGGACCUCACUGGAAACUCUAUGGAAUCAAUGAGCGAGAGUAUAAAACACGGGAACAUGUGGUUACAGCUCUAUUUAUGGAAUUAUAUAUUUUAGGAAGUCUGAUACAAAUCAGGUAUUUUCAAUGAAACUAUU